UGGCUGUACGUCUCGAUGUUUUGAGGGAUAAAUUCAAAUCCAAAACGUACAAAUAGUUGCAGGGCAGGGGCAGUUAAGGGACUACUUGAAACCUUAACAAAGGUGUGGAAGACGACGAUUAGCCUUGGAGCGGGUCGCUUGGGGAGGAUUAUCCAGCGGGUAGACUAGUUGAGGAAGAAAACUCUCCCAAGAACCACUCCGGACAGGAUUCUCGUCUUAACCAAGCAGUCCACACAGUCUACACGCGAACGCACACGAGAUGCCUAUCGAAGUCACUUUCGACGAACCUUCCUCCAGUUCUUCGUCUUCGUCUGCUUCAUCAGCUUCAAGAACUUCAGACGAACACGAAGACCCAUAUCACAUGGACCCUACAAUGACUAAAGGAAGAGGGGGAUCCGAGGAAGAAGAUAUAGAAGAAGCCAUCAGUCAAUUGAACCUGACACCCCAGCCCACUUCAUCAUCAUUACCACCACCAAGAGGGACAGGGAAGGAAGUAGAAGGCUCGAGUACACGGCAGGAAGGGACAAGCCAGAUGGAGGAAGGAGCGUCGGGGGAGGACCCAUCGACAGGACGGAGUGUGACGGUGCGAAAGGAAGGCACGUCGAAUGCGGAAGCGACUACGGAGGAAGAGCGUGUAGGACGACUGGCCACAGCCGUACGAGAGAUCCUGGUGUGUCUAGGUGAAGAUCCGACCCGCGAGGGUCUCUUGAAGACUCCUGAACGGUAUGCACGAGCGUUACUCUGGAUGACCAAGGGAUAUCGGGAGGAACUAGGAACGAUCAUCGGCUCGGCGAUCUUCCAGGAAGAACACGACGAGAUGGUGAUUGUGAAAGAGAUCGAGAUCUUCAGUCUUUGCGAGCACCAUCUUGUGCCAUUUAUCGGCAAGAUUGCGAUCGGAUACAUCCCCAACCAACAGGUCUUGGGGCUCUCCAAACUCGUCCGGAUCGCCGAGUUCUUCGCCCGCCGAUUGCAGCUCCAGGAACGCCUCACAAAGCAGAUCGCACUCACCCUCAAUCAGGUCAUCAAACCCAGAGGCGUCGCCGUCGUCAUCGAAUCCACCCACAUGUGUAUGACCAUUAGAGGCGUUCAGAAACCGGGCUCCGUCACCGUCACUUCUUCUAUGCUCGGGUGCUUUCGCUCGAAAGAUAAAACUCGCGCUGAGUUCUUGAAUCUCAUCAAAAGAUGACAAUCUCCUCUUUCCUCCCCUUUAUAUUCUUUUCGUUGUUCAUAUCCUCUUAUUAAUGAGCAUUUUGGAACGAUCGCACUUAAUUCAUAUAACGGCCACUCCAGCUUCCUUUUCCCCUUCCAGACACACACACACAUAUAUUGAUAUAUACAGACAACAUCACACGUACGCACAUAAUCCUAACAAUAUAGAGAACCAUCCAACAAAAAUAGCAUAGAAUAGAAUAGAUUGGCCCGGAAUUAGAAAAAGGGUCAAAAAUGGAAGAGCAGAAAACCACCAAGCAAACUAGAAAUUUUAUGAUUGAUCCUUCAAUCAAAGCUCACAAGCUUGAAUAAUUGGGUUUCUUUGUUUCAAUGAUGAUCACUUUGCUUUGGUUCAAACAUUUCAACACAUGUCGACUUAUUUUUUUUGCUAUGUUUCAUUUUUUUCAUUUUUCUUAUUUUUGAUGCAAGGUUUAAUAACACAAUGUGCAAAAGAAAA